GGACAGGCUGUCUUCAUUCUAUCAUCAACAGUUUGGGGCUUGACCUAAGAAAUCUCUGCCUAUUGACAAAAAGAAGGGGUGCUAAAACCACCGGCAGAUGUGUGUCACGCCUAUCAGAUAGCACAUCAGAAUGGGAUUCCCGACAGUCGGAUUGUGGUGAUGAUGUAUGAUGACAUCGCUUAUAAUAAGAAAAACCCUUAUCCUGGAAACAUUAUCAAUAAACCAAACGGAUCAAAUGUGUAUCCAGGGGUUCCAAAAGAUUACACUGGAGAGGAUGUAACAGCUGGAAACUUUCUGGCUGCUCUCAAAGGAGACACCAAUGCUGUGAAAAAGAGAAAGCCAAAAGUCAUUAAAAGUGGAAUAAAUGACACAAUAUUCGUGUAUCUGGCAGAUCAUGGAGGUGCAGGCAGAUUUAGCUUUCCUAACAGUAUUCUUCAUGCCCAUGAUCUCAUUGAAACAAUCAAGGAAAUGGCAAGAAAUUGCAAGUUUUCAAAGAUGGUGUUAUACAUGGCAUCCUGUCAUUCUGCAUCAAUGUUCACCAACCUCCCCAAAAAUAUUCAUGUGUAUGCUUUGACUUCAGCAAGAGAAGAUGAGAGUGGUUACCCUAUUUUCAUGACCCUGUGAGGAAAACCUAUCUGUCUGAUGAAUUCUCAGCGUUGUGGAUGCACUACACUGAAGCGAAUGAUCUUGAUAAAAAACAUUUCAGGAUCAGUUUAUUUAUCUUCAGAAAAUGAUGAAGAAUUCUCACUGCUGCUGUUUGGGGGACAUGACAAUGAAUGAACAUCUGAUCAGCAUGUUUGUGAAGAACACCCCUCAAAGAAUUCAGGACAAGACAAGAGCUGAGGAGCUCAUUUAACCUCUAACCAUGAUAACCAUGAAGUGCCAUUCAAAAUCUUGGAGAACUGAUUUAGAACAGAAACUAAUGAAGCUCUUCAUCAGGUUUGAUGUCUA